UUUAUCUGGCAACUCUGCAUACAAAUUAUGUUUUUCAUAUCUCUGACGUAAAAUUUCAAAUUGUGAAAAAUUGUUAAAAAAAGCGUUUUAUAGUCGGUUGUUGUAUAUUAGGUGUUUCCUUUUUGGAAAGGAAGCUCAAGAUAUGUUUGGUAGAUCGAAUACUGGUGGCCGUGGUCAGCAUACGUCUAACUUUACGGGCCAUUCGGCCGGUGUUGGAACGGCUUCAGUAAUGGCAGCCAUUAUACCCAAUGCCCCGAUAAAAAAUUAUCAAACGACGGGUCCUGAUGCUGGUCCAAGUGGAGCACUCGUUGAAGGCGAGUGGAGUUCUCUUAAUCCUAAUCUAUACCAGAACAUGUCGAACGAUCAGGUAGAUUGGGCCGCACUCGCCCAGCAAUGGAUUCAGAUGAAGGAAACUCUUCCUGCAAACAUGGUUCCAGCAGCUCCACCCCCGCCGAUAAUAUCAGAUAACUACGUUUCAAAUAGCAGAGAAUCAAUACCCGAUGGAGCUCGGUCGGGUUCCACCGAACAAGGUGAAGCUCCGAUGGAAGUGGAGCGUGAAGAGGAUCAUAACACUAUAAGUAGUCAACACCAGCAAGCCAAUGUCUGGGAUAAUGGAGCUGCUCCUUGGCAUUAUAACACUUCUACCGAAUGGCGGAAUCCCGCAUGGGAGACUAACUGGACUACAGAAACUUCUACAAUGAACGACGCACCCGUAAAAUCCAGCUAUGAAUCUGUCACGGUCAAUCCAAAUGCGUCAAUUGCUGUAGCAAAUUGGCAAGCAAAAAUGGCUCGAAUUUAUAAAAUUGGUGAAACAAGUCAUCCAAGUGAGAUUGCGGGAGCGGUACAGCCAGUGGUUCAACAUUCGCUUGAGCACCCGAGUGCAUCGAAAAGAAUACCGGGUCUGAUGGAUCAAGUGAUCAAACUGGAUCAAGAUCACGUGAAUAAUAUUGAUCAGGAAGAGGACACGACACAAACUAUCAACGAUGCUAAACGAAAAUUGUUACCGGCAUGGAUUCGUGAGGGACUUGAAAAAAUGGAGCGAGAAAAGUUGCGUCAAGAAGAGAAAGAAAAGGAAAUGCGGCUUCGUGAAGAAAUGCUCGAACAACGAAGAAAGGCCGAACUAGAAGCGCUAACUGAACUAGAAAAUGCUAGGAAAAAAAGCAAAUUUGAAUCUGAUUCCGAAGAGGAGGAAGAGGAUGAUGUAGAAAGUGGGGAAAACAUUACAGAUGCUAGAAAUCAAGAAUCCAGCCCUUUGCCUUACCGUUCACGUGAUGAAAUUCUCCAAGAACUGAUGGUAGCCGUGCGCAGAAAUUUGACAGAAAUUCUACUCGAAGUAACAAAUGAAGAAAUCGCGCUUGUGGCAAAAGAUACUUUGUCAAAAAUGCGACGAAAAGCACCAACAGCUCAAGCUCUGCGUAAGACCGGUAUUGCGACGCUCACUGGUGGACUCGGUCUUGGUAUUUACGGUGAUAGUGAUGAGGAAGAUGAGAGUGACCCGGAUAAAGACUCCGACAAUGAUGCAGACAGCGAUACCGACGACGAAGAAGUGGAGAGAUCAUUAAGAAAUACUAUCAAAUUGCGCCAAAAAGAGUUUGAGUGGACAGCUCGCGAAAUAGAGGAUCAACUGGCACAAGAGGAAGCACGCGAAGAACGUAAACGACGAGAGUACGAACAGGUUGUCAAGGAUAAUCAGGAUCGCCCACAAAGAGAGAAUGAGAGCGACGACGAGGAUUACACUGCUGGGAGUAAUCGCGUCGGGUUGGGCCAUUCCCAGUCAAUGGCGGCGCAUAGCUCCGCAACCGGUAACGUACACGGGGGUAAAUUCGGAUCCAGAGACGGUGAGACCCAGCCUGUUAAUGAUAAACUAUAUGCCUACAAGCUCGGACGGCAACGUGAUAAGAGGAUAUCCCGAUUCAGCGAUCCGAAGGACACAGUUCGGCAAACUCAUAUAACUCACGUAGCAAUUGUUAACCACAAGCCGGGCGAGAUUGUGCAACCAUUAUCUGUACCUAAAGUUAGUCAGUCCGCUGCUAUCUCAGGUCCUAGUUCUGUAGCAACUUCUCCUGUAAAUUCAGCUCCGCUUUUCCCUGCGGCCAUUUCGGCGACAAUGCAUUUAGAACAGUAUCAACGAGGAAACAGCAUUACUUCCGAAACACCAUCGAAUGCAUCUAGCAGUCGAGCUUCAUCGUCGCACCGGACUGUCCGCGAUGAAAGCAGUAGAAAAUCCUCACACAAGUCUCAUAAAAGCAAAAAACACAAACGAUCCCGCCAUAGUCGUAGUGACGACGAGGAAGAUUACUAUGAUGAUGAUCAUGACGAUCGUUACUCGCAGCAUUCGCGGCGAUCGCAUAGUUCCGAACGUAGUACUUAUUCGCGUCGGCGCAGAUCUUAUUCGCGAGACUCCCGAGACGAUGACCGAGAUCGCAAAUAUUCAUACAGAUCGAAGGAUAGGUCUCGAUCACGAUCACGUGAUCGAUAUCGAUCCUCCAGACGCACGAGAUCUCGAUCACGAUCAUCGUCGAAACGGAGAUAUUAAACAUGGUAUCACCAAUAAGGCAUGAUUGCUGUAGUUGCCGUUUGUAACAAAAACAUACUUUUGCAUACCCAAAUUGAUUAUAAUCUGGCUUUGUUCAUUACCUUGUGUCGAAUCAAUUUAACACCAUUUGGAUCAUCGAGUUGAUUUAUUUAGUAAAUCAAAUGAACGAUAAUCGCAAAAUGAAGUCUUCAGGUCUUCGUUAUAUAGCUACAAAUAUUGAUUCAUUUAUUAGACAUAUUCGGACAUAAUAUCGAAUUAAUGGAGCAUGUCAAGUGAACUAUUAACAAUUUUGAAGAUAGAGAGAAAUAUGUUUCGUAGUACAAGUAAAGGAGAUGAGAAACAGUUGAUACUAAAAUAACACCCUUGCUCCGAUUGGUGUAGUAAUCUUGUGCAAAAUAAGUGUUUCAAUGCGAUUCAUCUAUCAAAUACGGAAAGUGAUGCAUGUAUAUAUAUUUAUAAGGUUCCGUGCGAAGAUGUCAAUUCCAUUUGAAAGAAAAAAAAUAUUUCUCAGUUCCGAAAAAUGCAUAGCUCCUGAUCCAACACUAUAAGAUCUUACCAACAUUGAUGAAGGCUUUAUACUAGCAGUGAAAGUUUUCUUGUAGCACGCCUCGCUAGGCCAGCGCGACAGCGAAAAUUGUGCACAAAAUUUUUAGGUAUAAACUGUUUGGAGGAUUGACUACAUCGAGUCUAGCCUGAAGUGUUCCCUAUGUUUUCAAUAUCGAGCAAAUUGAAUGAAUACAGUUUUCAUCAAAUUAGUAA